AUGCUGGUCAGCAUCAAUUACAAAGGAAUAUCUGGUGGACUAGACAUAUGCCUGUGGCCGGUAUGCCUCGUGGCAGUCGCUUCCUUCCAAGCUGCGACACUUCUCACGGGCGGCGCAGACGGCCUUCGUCCGAGUAUCAUCAACGGCCUCUUGCUUAUGCUCCUUGCCUAUCUUGCACUCGUGGGGCGUCGUGCGCUUGAGCUUCAGCUGCGCCUUCAGUGCCGGUGCAUGAUCCAGGCGCAGGCAUCGGUGGGUGCCCUUCGAGCCCGACUAGCGGCCGCGGCUUCGCUGCCUCCACCACCCACUCCACCGACGGGCUUGGAGUCCGUCAUGAACGCCCUAGAGGCCUCGCUGGAUCGGAUGAGCAACGUCAAAACCGCGCUCGCUUCGGUCACAUCGCAAAGUGUUCCCCGUCUCCUGUCAUCCACUGUCCAGCAUUACUCUGGCGUUUCCGCCCACGUCGCAAAGAAGAAAAGUACAAAUACACCCGCCCGGACAGUCAAUGACAUCGAGGGGCGCCCGUGGGGGAUAGGGCAGACACCCGCCACAGGGCGAGAGCAGGGCGAGGAGAGCGACAAAGAGGCAGGUGCCUCUAGGACCUCUCGUUUCCUUCCUUUCUUUCUUUCUUGGCAACGAAAGUUUGGCAACGACCCUGAGGGCGUCCAGGACCAUGGAGAGCACACGCAGAGCAAGCGAAGCAGCGACGGGGCAGCAGAAGGAGCGAAACGAACAGCAACGCACAGCAGUGGCGAAGAGGAAAUACGUGAAGAUGACAGCAGCCUUGUGCCCAGUCUAUGGGGAGCGUGGGUGUGUACAGAGGUGGACCAGGUUAUGCACGAUGUGGAGGAGGUGAAACGCCAACUAGGUGAUCUCGGCGGGCUGCUCAAAGUUGACAUCAAUGCAAUUCUGCGGGCCUCUCUCCCCGAAGACUCGCGUCCACCAUCGUGUGCGUCCUCCCCGCCCAUCUCUCCGGCGCACAGUUGCCCGUCUCUCGCCGCCGUCGCAGUCCGGCAGGGCUUUGCGGCUCCUCCUGAGUGCCUCCGCGCUGACGCUUCGCGGUGUCUCAAUCCUCUGUCUCUGUCUGCCUACGAGGAUCCGCUCUCGGGUUCCCCCGCCGUCGCUGCGACUGCGCAAAGCGCCGGCUGCCACGCUGGCUGUCUCGCGUGGGCGUCAAAUGCUCCCCUCCAGUCCGUUUCUGUGUUGCCGCGUGCGCGGCGGAAACGCGUGAGGGGAGGCAACGCCACGUGCUCGGCCUUUCGUCUCUUUCUGGGGUCGGAAUUGACUGGCCAUCGACAGCCGUCCUUCCAGGCAGCUGCGUCGUCGUUCAAGGCUCCGUUUGACGGCCGCCAAGCCGGCAGCGUGACCCCACACGGGACAGAUGUUCACGUGCUGGUGGACGCCUACGCGACUCUCCGAAAGACGAAGACAGGGCAGACAUCCAAAGCGGAGCGUAGGAGAAGAGAGAGCGAAUGUCGUACGCAGACUAUGCGUAGGGAGGAGCUCCGUGCUCCCAUUUCCAUCUUGCCUUCCCUCCUGCAAACUGAGAGAGAAGGAGGCGCCAACCCCUUUUUCGUAGGGAAAGAGGGAGAAGCGUCAGGGGGGAAGAUGCACGAGGUGGAGAGAAAGGAAACCCAGGCGGAAUCAGUGGGCAAGGAGACGCGGAGACUCGGAGAGCAAGCGACGGACAAGGAAGGCGGAAGCAGAGAGGACACGGGAGUCGAAGGGCCGACUCGGAGGGGAAAGGAAGCGCGCGGGCAAGACGUACACAAGAACCCGAGUGCUGCUGACGGAGAACUGAACAAUGAAGGCGGCACGCCAGAUGCAGAGACGCAAGGCUCGACCGGCUUGGCACGGGACAGCCGAAGUGAAACAGACGAAAAAGGAAGACAACUGGAGAGAAGAAUCUCAUCCGGUCCUCCCCAACUUGUGCCUUCCAAAGAGCCGCUGAGCAGCGGGGUUCUCCUUGGUCGGGGCGUCGCUUCCGCCUCAGAUGCCGCUUCUCCCGUUCACGGUUUGUCCGCAGUCACAGGGUCGGAGAGCGUGCCAAGCGAGGAAGCACAUCGUGCCUGGACAUCGACACGUGACAGAACGAAGGAGCAGAGAGACGGAGAAGGCCAACUCCACGGUGCUCCUCCGGUGUACUUUUACAUUGGCGACGAAGAAGACGACGGAACAGGCAGCAGCUAUCGCUCUUCGCUACCUUGGCCCGGAGAAAGCAAGCACCAGGAUAUCUUGGUUUUGCCCGGCAAACAAUUGCCAGCCGCCGCCCGGCUGUCCCGCGCCGUGUCUUUCGCGUGGGGUACGGCGAGGUCUGACAUAGCAGAGGCAGGCAAAGACGGAGAAGAAGUGAGGGACGAAAGAUGUGCCACAGGAGAACUUCCCGCUACCCGUGGAAGCGGCGCUGAGGCCAUUACGCCUACGUCUGCUCCUUGCCGCCCCAUGCGUUCCGCCGCGCCUCCCCUGGUCAGUCAGAGCCGAUGCGGGCCAAGGGGGAAUGAAGCGACAGCUGGACAGAGGCGAAGGCGUGGAGCGGAGGCUGGAGGGCACCGGCAGCAGAGCGUAGGGAAACUUCGACAAUCUUCUGUCGAUCGCGUGCACUCUCUUGGCGCACAAAUUUCCGCUGCAUUUGCUAGCUAUCUUCCGCUUCAACAGCUGGCCAACCGGUGUAAUCGCGUGCGCUCAGCGACGAAACAAGAACACCCGUAUCGCUUCAAACUGCCCAACACGAGGUCAUCAAAUGCGCCAGCGUCAGGUGUCUGCCUCGUCCCCCACCUUUCUUCAGGGGACGGAGGCACAGAGAGCGGCGCAACAGAUACAGUGGACGCAGCUGGUGCGCAGACAGGUGACGAGGAGACGCGUAGUGAGGAGACAGGUGACGAGGAGACAGGUGACCAGAAGACAGGUGGAGAGGAGACGGGUAGUGAGGAGACAGGAAAUGAGGAUACAGCGGGCGAGAGGCGAGGGAGGGAGAAAGCUGGGAUGGCACGGCUGAAAGCGGAGAACUCGCCGACAGAGGUAGGCAACAGGCGGAAGGCAACACGGAGAGCGACCGACGCUGCGACCCUGGAGAGAGACGCGAACAGCGCGAAACUGCUACCUCGUCUUGAGGAGAGAUACGCGGCGUUGCCGACGAGUACAGAAAGAAUCGAGCGGUUGCGAGAACGGAUUGGCGCUUGUUGGGCUCUGGACCUCCUCCAGCUGCACGAAUGGACAGAAGGAAGAGCCUUGCAGACGGUCGGUGCGACCCUACUCUGUCGCUCGCCGUCGAUUUCGUCUUUCUUCCACCUCUCCGUCCCUUCUCGCUCAGCGAAGCCCGAUUUUCGUCGGUCCUCUCCAAGCACCGCUGUCCCUUCUGCGCCUUCUCCGCCUGCCUCCCCGUCUGUUUGCUCCUUCCUCGAGACGCUCGCGCUGAGUUACCAUGCCACGAUCCCCUACCACAAUUCGGUGCAUGCAGCAGACGUCGCGCACAUGCUCAGGUGUCUCCUCCGCAUCCCCGCCCCUAGGAAAGGGUGGCGGCCGUCUCCCUCGUCUUCGCCCGCUGCCUCUUCGUCGGCACCUGCGCGUCCACUGGGGGUGUUCGGCCCAGGCAGUUGCUUGCGAGAAGACGGCAGCGGAGACAGAGGAGGCGGACGGUCGGGGACGGAGGACCGCCAGAAACAGCCUCUUGCUCGACAUGCACGACUCGACAGAAACUGUGAAGAAGGAACUGGAACACUGUGGGGUCUCUUGUCUCCGACGCAGAGAGCCGCGUCAAUGGUUGCCGCCCUUGCUCAUGACGUGGGACACCCUGGAACGACAAACGCUUUCGAGGUAUGCGUGCUCCUUUCCAGUGUCCGAUUUACUUCUCGCCUUCUUCAGCUGUUCCUCUGUCGCGGCCCUGAAUCGGCGACUCCCAGGUGA